AUGAAAGAAACAUUUCGCAGAAAACAAGGCGGCUCGUCGCCAUGUGCCGCCUGCAAGCAGCUGAGGCGGCGAUGCACACCGGAAUGUGUGUUUGCGCCCUAUUUUCCGGCGGACGAGCCACAGAAGUUCGCCGGAGUUCAUAGGGUUUUUGGGGCUAGCAAUGUCACCAAGAUGUUACAGGAGUUGCCAGAGUCCCUGCGAGGAGAUGCCGUAAGUAGCCUAGUCUACGAAGCUAAUGCCCGGAUGCGGGACCCAGUCUACGGGUGUGUAGGGGCUAUUUCUCACCUGCAACAACAGGUUGAUGGGCUCAUGCAGCAGUUGGCUCUGGCCCAAGCCGAAGUGGUCCACCUUAGGGUCCAUCAAGCAGUGUUGGGCCAAGCCAAUAGCCCAAUCGACACGGGGUCCCCACUAUCAUACGCCUUGUUAGACCCCAAACCAUCUUUCGACUUGGAUGUAGUGCUUGAGCAGGACUCACUCGAAGAAUGUAUGUGGUUGUGUAAUUAG